CGCAACGUUUGGCAGUAAUUUUUUCAGUUUUCGGUUUUUUGGUAUUCCGUGCUCGGUUCUAAGACUUUUCCUCUCUCUCUUCUCGCCCCCCGCCUGUCCGACGCCCCCCCAAAAACGACCCGGCUAAUUUAAGUGUAUGGAUGGAUAUAUGGCCAAGUGCCUAAAAUAUAUAUAAAUACACGCACCCGACAAAUGUGUUUCAUCUACAAGUAGUCUCAGAUUUUGUGGCUAUCUUUUGCGGGCAAUCAUUAAGCUAAACACGUAACAUUCACUCAGGUAGCAAAGAAUAACUACAACAACUACAACUGCAACAACAACAACACCAAUAUAACAACAAUAAUAUUAGUUAAAGAGAACGAACAGAAAACGAUGACGCCGGAGAAAUCGGUUAUGGCCUACAUCAAUCAUUUAAUAGUCAGCAAUUUUUCAUAUUUCUGGGAUGAGAUCGAUGGCUAUCUGUACUAUCUGGGUGGUACCUUGGGCACCUUAACCCUUAGCAGCCUGGCAGCUAGUGUUGCCUAUUACUUUGCGACGAGACCCGUGCCGGAACGACCGUUAGUGCCUCUGGAAAACCAGUCUCCGCUGCUGGAGGGUCCAGAACAAAUACACGUCUCCAAGUUCUACAAGGAGUCCAAGAACGGCAAGUUCGUGUCCUAUAUCACAGAGAAUGUACGGACGCUAUAUCAGACCUUCCGCGAAGGUGCCUAUGCCUCCAAUAAUGGACCAUGUCUGGGAUGGCGUGAAACUUUGACAUCGCCUUACCAGUGGAUCAACUAUGACGAGGCUUUGCUGCGAGCCAAGAACUUUGGUGCUGGCAUGCUGGCUCUGGGCGCCAGGCCCAAGCAGUUGAUUGGCAUCUACUCCCAGAACCGACCAGAGUGGAUCCUGUACGAGCAGGGCUGCUACUCCUUCUGCCUGGUUGUGGUUCCACUAUACGAUACCCUCGGUCCCGAUGCCUGUGCUUUCAUCAUCCGCCAGACAGAAAUGUCGAUUGUGGUCGUUGAGGAUGAUGGCAAGGCGGCCAUGUUGCUGGAGAAGGCACCACGCAGCCUAAAGAUCAUUGUGGCCAUUAAGCCCAUUCGCCAGACGACUCUGGAAAGGGCGCGUAGUCGUGGUAUUCAGAUAUUCUCCUUCAUUGAUGUGGAGAAGCUGGGCGCCAAGGGUAACCAUCCGGAAGUUCCACCGACGGCGGAAGAUCUGUGCACGGUGUGCUAUACCUCUGGAACGACAGGGAAUCCCAAGGGCGUGAUGCUCACGCACGGGAACGUGGUGGCCGGCGUCUGUUCUGUGAUCCUGCAGAUGGGUGAUCAUCGCAUCCGUGCAGGAGAUGUAAUGGUUUCCUUCCUGCCAUUGGCCCACAUGUUCGAACGGUGCUGCGAGAACGGAAUGUACUAUGUGGGCGGCUGUGUGGGCUUCUACUCGGGCGAUAUCAAGGAACUAACGAAUGACUUGAAGAUGCUGAAGCCCACGGUUAUGCCGGCGGUGCCGCGACUCCUAAAUCGCGUCUACGACAAGAUCCAGAACGAUAUUUCAGCGUCUGGACUGAAGAGGGGACUCUUCAACAUGGCCAUGCGGGCCAAGGAGAAGGAGAUCGCCCGGGGUGUCCUGCGAAGGAAUGGCUGCUGGGACAAGCUAGUCUUCAAGAAGGUACAUCAGGCCUUUGGCGGCAACCUGCGGCUCAUGGUCGUCGGUUCAGCUCCUCUUGCUGGCAAUGUCCUCACCUUCAUGCGCUGUGCCUUGGGUUGUCUGGUCCUCGAGGGUUAUGGACAGACGGAGUGCACGGGCGCCAUUACCCUAACAGUUCAGGGUGAUCAUGUGCCCAACCAUGUUGGUCCUCCAGUGUCCUGCAAUGCUGUGAAACUGGUGGAUGUCCCAGAGAUGGAGUACUUUGCCAAUCAAAAUACGGGGGAGGUGUGUGUGCGAGGAUCUAAUGUGUUCCAUGGUUACUAUAAGGAUCCCGAGAAGACGGCAGAGGCCAUCGAUUCGGAGGGCUGGCAUCAUACUGGCGAUGUGGGCAUGUGGCUUCCCAACGGAACCCUGCGAAUUAUCGAUCGCCGCAAGCACAUCUUCAAGCUCAGCCAGGGCGAGUAUAUAGUGCCGGAGAAGAUCGAGAAUAUCUAUACGCUCAGUCAAUAUGUUAAUCAAGUCUAUGUCUAUGGAGAGAGCUUAAAGAGCUGCAUUAUCGCUGUCGUUGUACCUGAUGUCGAUGUACUGAAGCAAUGGGCCACGGAGAACAAUGUACGCGGCACACUCUCCGUCCUGUGCAAUAAUAAGAAUGUCAAGGAACUGAUCAUGAACGACAUGCUCAAUUGGGGAAAGCAGAGUGGACUCAAGUCAUUCGAACAGGUAAAAGAUGUCUAUCUGCAUCCGGAUCCUUUCUCGGUGCAAAACGGACUGCUGACACCCACAUUCAAAUCCAAGAGACCGCAAUUAAAGAGCUACUUCAAGCCUCAGCUGGAGGAUAUGUAUAAACACCUGGAUUAAAGCAAUAUAUACAUAUACAACGAAUCAAACUCAAGAAUCGGGGGAAAGCAUUCAUUCAAAAUAAAUAUGCCUAUACCAUUUUUUAAACAAAGAUAACAAAGACUACAGAUACAGAAACACAGAUAAGAGAGAACGAACUGGAAAUAAAAACAGUCUAAUUUUGUAGUUUCGUCAAUUCUUAGCAAGUAAGAGAAGCGCAAGAUACAGAUACCGGAUACCAGAUACCAGAUACAGAUAAAAUACACACAAAAACUCUCUCUAAAAACUGACAAGGAUAAAGAACCUUUUGACAGCCGCAUUUUUUUAUUAAAUAAUUUAAUCGAGAAGCGAGCCCUAACCGCAAUAUGUUAACUAUAUAUUUCCCUUACACACUUAUGAACUAGUUCAAAGCGAAUAGAACGGCGUAGUCUGAACCAAAACAUAUAUAACUAACAUAUUGAGCAAAAAUUGAAUAAAAAAUGAAAGCUUUAAUGAACUAUCGUAUGUAUACUACA